CAGGUGGUUGUGGUGGGGGUCGGGGCAGGUGUAUGUGUUGGGGAGGACAGUGGAGGACCCCAGGGAUUUGCUCCCCCAGUCCCAACCGUUGACUCUCUGGGUUCCUCAGGCGCAGCUGGGGAAACAGGCUUCCCCCGGACCGCAGAGAAGCCACCCCUCUCUCCAAAGCGCGCUUCUCCCCCAUCCCCCUCGGCGCGCUUCCGCCGGCCGCGCUCCCGGGUCCGGAUCCAGCGCGCGCCCCCGGCUCUCCCGCCCGCGGCCGAGGGGCGGGACCGGCUUGGCUCCCCCGGCGCCGCAGCCCGCAGCCCCCUCCCCUCGCCUCCUCGCCGCUGGCGGCCACCGCGUCGCUCCGGCCCGGGCCCCACCCCAGGCGACUCUGCGAGGAGCGGCCGGAGGCCGGAGGCGGAGGUGCAAGAUGGACAACAAGAGAGACAAGGCGAAGGCAGGGGCCGCCGCGCGGACGCCGGCUGCUCGCGCUCCUGGACUUCUGACCCCCAGGCCCCCAGGCUCUCCUCGACCCCCUCCCCCAGUAACUCCCGCAGCCCUCCGAGUUCUGGGAGCUGCGGGAGCAGUGGGGCGAAAGCCUCUGGCAGAGCGAGCGGGGGGCAUCGGCGGGGCCACUAUUCCCGAGUCUGCUCCCCGAGCGGGACCAACGCGGAGUGCUGGGACAAGUUCCCGAAACCCUGCCUCCAGGCCCCCAGCCUCUGGGAGAGGGGAGAGAGCUCCUUCUGCCAAGAACACCAGCCCAGGCCCUGUUUCUAGCCCAGGGCGUGCCAGCGGGACCACCAGGCCAGGCCCUCUUGGCCAGAAGGGACUCCGGAUCUCAGCGGAGGAAACUGUUGCCAGAGGAAAAGCUACAGAGGCUCCCAAAAGGAGUGCCCUCAGCGCUGGGGCACGGAGAGACACUUCCGGGCCUACCCCAGGAACCCCGUCCCCGGCCAUGGCCCGUCGGUCCCGGGCUGCGGGCACCGAGGUGGGGCUUCCCCGGCCAGCUCCGAGUGCCCGGCCACGGCCCCCGACAGAGGGCCCCCGGAAAUCAGUGAGCAGCGCCUCGGAGCACAGUACCACCGAGCCAAGCCCGGCUGCCAGGAGGCGGCCCAGCGCCGGUGGGGGUCUCCAGAGGCCGGCCUCGCGCUCCCUGAGCUCCAGCGCCACCCCUCUCUCCUCCCCAGCCCGUUCUGGGCCCUCAGCCCGCGGAACACCCAGGGCUCCUGCGCAUCCCUCACAGCCCAAGCCGAAAGGACUGCAGGCUCUGCGACCCCCUCAGGUCACACCCCCAAGGAAGGACGCAGCCCCAGCACUAGGCCCGCUUUCUUCCUCUCCUUUGGCCACACCCUCUCCAUCGGGUACCAAGGCAAGACCCGUACCGCCUCCCGACAACGCAGCCACUCCCCUGCCCGCCACGCUCCCUCCCUCUCCACCUGUAACGCCCCCUCCGCCAGCCGCUCUCCAAAGUCAGGCCCCGCCCACCCUGCCGGCCACGCCCCACUCGUCGAGCCUUACCUGCCUGUUGGCCACGCCCCUUCCUCUAGCCCCUCCUUCUCCCUCUGCUCCACCCUCUCUGCAGACCCUCCCCUCUCCACCAGCCACGCCCCCCUCGCAAGCCCCACCCACACAGCUGAUUAUGUCCUUUCCAGAAGCAGGCGUCUCUUCCCUGGCCACAGCCGCUUUUGUGGCUUCAGUCUCUGCAUCAGUUUCAUCCCCUCUGCAGAGUAUGCCCCCCACCCAAGCUAAUCCAGCGUUGCCCUCUCUUCCGAUUCUCCUCUCUCCCUUGGCCACACCUCCUCUGUCAGCCAUGUCUCCUCUACAAGGCCCUGUUUCUCCGGCAACAUCUCUGGGGAAUCCGGCUUUUCCCCUGGCCGCACUCCCUCAGCCAGCCCUUUCUGCUCUGACCACGCCCCCUCCGCAGGCCAGUCCUUCCCCGUCUCCGCCCUCUCUCCAGGCCACGCCCCACACUCUGGCCACUCUUUCUCUGCAGGACUCUCCUCUUCUGGCCACAUUGCCUCUGCAGGCCUCUCCCUCUCCUUUGACCACAGUCUCUCUGCAGGAUCCUCCUCUAGUUUCUCCCUCUCUUUUGGCCUCACCGCCUCUGCAGGCUCCGCCCCACCCACAGGCCCCACCUUCUAUGACUACGCCCCCUAUGCAGGCCCCGCCCUCUCUCCAGACCAUUCCCCCAAUACAGGUCCCACAUUCUCUGACCUCACCGUCUCUGCAGGCACCUCCCUCUCCUCUGGCUUUGUCCUCUCUGCAGGCCACAGCUUCUUUGGGCUCACCCACUCUGCAGGCCACACAUUCUUUCCUGACAAUGUCCCCUAGGCAAACCCAAGCUUCUUUGACCUCACCUUCUCGGCCGGCCUCUACUACCCCUGAUUCACCCCCUCUGCAGGCCCCUCUUUCCCCUCCUGCCUCACCCCCUCUGCAGGCCCCUCCUUCCCUUCCUGCCUCACCCCCUCUGCAGACUUCUCUCUCUCCUGCUGUCUCACCCCUAAACUCACCCCUGACCAUACACCCUCUGCAGGCGCUAUCUUCUCUGGCCUCCCACUCUCCUCAGGCACCUCUCUCUUCCCUGACCAUGUCCCCUCUGGAGACCCAAUCUUCCCUAGCCCCGCCCUCUCUGCAGACACCUCCUGCUUCCCUGACCACACCCCCUCUGGAGAACCUACCUUCUCUAGGCCCGCCUCCUCUGCAGACAGCUUCUGCUCCCCUGACCACACCCCCUCUGGAGAACCUACCUUCUCUAGCCCCGCCUCCUCUGCAGACAGCUUCUGCUUCCCUGACCACACCCCAUCUGGAGACUCCACCUUGUCCAGCUCCAUGCCCUCUGCAAGCACCACCUUUGCCAUUGACCACGCCCCCUCCGGAGACGCCCUCUUCCAUAGCCACGCCUCCUCCACAGGCCCCACUUGCUCUGGCCUCACCCCCUUUGCAGGGCCUGCCCUCUCCCCCUCUGUCUCCUUUGGCCACGCCCCCUCCACAGGCCCCACCUGCUGUGGCCUUGCCUCCUCUGCAGGCCCCUCCCUCUCCCCCUGCCUCACCCCCUCUGUCUCCUUUGGCCACACCCUCUCCACAGGCCCCAAAUGCUCUGGCAGUGCACCUUCUGCAGGCCCCUUUCUCUCCCCCUCCCUCACCCCCAGUGCAGGCCCCUUUCUCUCUCCCUGCCUCACCCCCAGUGUCUCCUUCGGCCACGCCCCCUUCACAGGCCCCACCCUCUCUAGCCGCACCUCCUCUGCAGGUCCCACCCUCUCCCCCUGCCUCUCCCCCAAUGUCUCCUUCAGCCACGCCCCCUCCACAGGCCCCACCCCCUCUCGCUGCGCCUCCUCUGCAGGUCCCACCCUCUCCCCCUGCCUCUCCCCCAGUGUCUCCUUCGGCUACGCCCCCUCCACGGGUCCCACUCCUUCUUGCCGCUCUUCCUCUGCAGGUCCUGCCCUCUCCCCCUGCCUCACUCCCAAUGUCUCCUUUGGCCAAGCCCCCUCCACAGGCCCCACCUGCUCUGGCCACACCUCCUCUGCAGGCCCUUCCCUCUCCGCCUGCCUCACUCCCUGGGCAGGCCCCUUUCUCACCCUCUGCCUCACCCCCAGUGUCUCCUUUGGCCACGCCUCCUCCACAGGCCCCACCUGUUCUGGCAGCGCCCCUUCUGCAGGUCCCUCCCUCUCCCCCUGCCUCACCCACCCUGCAGGCCCCACGCCGCCCCCCGACCCCGGGUCCGGAUACCUCCGUCUCGGGCCCACGGCUGACCCUGGCGUUGGCCCCCGGCCCGCCGCCGCCGCCCUCGCGCAGCCCGUCCAGCACGCUGAGCGGCCCGGACCUGGCCGGCCACAGCAGCAGCGCCACGAGCACGCCAGAGGAGCUGCGUGGCUACGACAGCGGGCCCGAGGGCGGCGCCGCAGCCUCCCCGCCCCCCGACGCAGAGCUCGCCGCUUGCCACCCGGCUGCCUGGAGUCGAGGCCCCGCUCCGCCGCUGGCUUUCCGCGGAGCCCCAGGUGCGCCCCUGCCGUGGCCUCCCGCUACCGGACCGGGCUCUGCUGACGGUCUGUGCACCAUCUACGAGACUGAAGGGCCCGAGUCAGCGACCCCCGCCCCAGGCGCACUGGAUCCGGGGCCCAGUCCCGGCACGAGCGGUGGGAAGGCGGCGGCCGGGGCCGGGGCGGGGACAUCCUCGCGGAGCCCGAAGCAGGCGCGCCUGGGCGAGCUGCCACUGGGGGCGCUGCAGGCGAGCGUCGUGCAGCACCUGCUGAGCCGGACGCUGCUGCUGGCGGCUGCCGAGGGUGCCGCGGGCGGCAGCGGCGGGGGCCCAGGAGGUGCGGAGGGUGGUGGCGUCACGGGGGGCGCCCGGGCUGCACUCAGCGACGCCGAACUCGGCCGCUGGGCCGAACUACUGUCUCCCCUGGACGAGUCCCGUGCCAGCAUCACCUCGGUCACCAGCUUCUCUCCGGACGACGUGGCCUCCCCGCAGGGUGACUGGACCGUGGUGGAGGUGGAGACCUUCCACUGAGCCAGACCACAGCCCCGCCUGCUACACCCCACCCCUGCCUUAGGAUCCGCCCCUCCGGGUACGCCGUUUGUUUUAGACCCCGCCUCCACUGCCCUGGAGCCCCGCUGGGUGGAUUAGUCUUAGCUCCCUAGAGCCUGAGCCUUUGGCCUCGGAGGCUCGGGACCUACCCACAGCUUUGACCUAGGCCCGCCCCUCGAGCUCCGCCCCUUUAGCCUGGGACACGCCCCGUUUCCCCGAGUCCCGCCCCGUGUGCAGUGUAUUGCCCACCCCGCACAGCCUGAGUUUGCAAUAAAACUGGGACACUGGGACUUGCA